AUGUACAGAUGUGAAUUACUGGGAAUAACCCUGAGUAGUGCUUUGAAUGGUCUUGUUUAUCAUAAGACACUUUUACUCAGCAAAGACGGAUUGUUCCAGUACACAACAGGUAAAGUGGUUGACCUGGUUUCAAACGAUGUUCAGCGAUUGGAAGGAGAGACUAUCAAGUGGAUCUUUUUUGGUUUCUUUACAUUAAUUGAGCUCCUCUUUAUCCCGUUUUUAAUGGUGUAUUUCAUUGGCUGGCAGUCUCUCAUGGGAGUACUUUUUUUGUAUCUUCUCCUUCCGUAUUUCGUCUUACUAUCCAAAGGGGGUGCUGUUCUACGCUUGCGUACAGCAGCGGUCUCUGACCAACGCAUCUCUCUAAUGAAUCAGGUUGUUUUAGGGAUACGCGCUAUCAAAAUGCAUGCGUGGGAAGAUGAAUACCGGCAACAAAUCAAGAAAUCACGAAGAGAUGAAAUUACCAUUAUUCGAAAGAUGUGCGCACUUCGCGCGGGUGUUUUGGCCCUAAGAUUCACUUCAAUCACCAUUGCAACACUGUUCUCAGUCAUAACCCUUGUGCUGACCGAAGAGACUCUGACACCAUUCAACGUUUUUGUGUUGAUUUCAUUCAACAACAUGCUCGGCACUUACUUUGGGUUUGCCUUACUAGAGGGAUACGAAGCUUAUGCCUCGCUUGCUAGACUUCAAGAAUUUCUCCUUUUGAAGAAUUUGCGAGUCACUUCAAGCGAUCGUUCAAGCAAAAAAGAAACAGAAAUUGAAGAUGAAAACCCAUCUGAGAUGAAGAGGAGUUCAGAAGAUUCCCAAAAAACAGUGGGAGGUGCUUCCACUGCUGAUGAAUUACAAGAUCAAAAGACAUUACGAGUAAGAAAUUUGGCGCACAAGCAAAUGGAUCGGGAAGACUCCUACACUCUUCAAGAUAUCGAGUUUUGCACAUCUGGAAAUAGUUUAACAGUCAUUACCGGGUCAGUUGGUAGUGGGAAAUCCACUCUUCUUUCUGUGAUCGCUGGUGAAGUUCUAUGCACACACGGAGAAGUAUCCUGCCGAGGAACUUUAGCGUAUGUUCCGCAGACGGCUUGGGUAUUUUCUGGAACCAUACGAGACAACAUUUUGUUUGGUUUGCCAUACGAUGAUUCAAAAUACAUUAGAGUAAUUGAGGCCUGCGCUCUGACUGAUGACAUCCAGCAGUUUCCUGAUACUGAUCAAACACUUGUCGGCCAACGCGGUGUCGUUUUAAGUGGAGGCCAGCGGGCAAGGAUUAGUCUAGCACGCGCAGUGUACGCUAAUGCAGAUGUGUAUCUUUUGGACGAUCCUCUGAGCGCCGUGGACUUAAGGGUUGGACAACAUAUAUUUGAAAAGUGUAUCAAACAACUAUUACGAAAUAAAACUCGGAUGAUGACCUCUCAUCACGAAGACCACAUGAAAGACGCUGAUGAAGUGAUUGUGUUGUGUAAGGGGCGUGUGCUGGAAAAAGGAAGUUUUCUUGAGUUGCAAGACAAAGGAAUCCUUAGUAACACUAUUGACCCGCUCUACAAGAAGAUUUCAAAACACAAUACAGAUGAGAAGUUUGUAAGAGAGGAAGAAAAUGAAAGUGUUGGAGCUGCUGUCUGGUUCGCUGGGAUGGAAUCUCCGUCGAAAGAAACCAGGAGUCUUCUGAUGCCACAAGAAGAUCGGGAAAUCGGAGUAAUUUCUUCCAAGCUUUACUGGAGCUAUUUAAGAAGCGGAAUGUCUUAUUGGAUGAUUUUGGCAAUAAUCCUUUUUUCCGUAACAGCCCAGGGGAUGUUGGUUGCUCCCGACGUGUGGCUCUCGUUCAUGAUAAAGCAACUCCCUCAAGAUCAGAAAGAUCAAUCAAACUUAGUUAUCUAUGGAUGUCUUGCUGUUGUAUCCCUCAUGUUUAUAUUGACAAGAACAUAUGUAUUACUCUCCUGCUUUUUGCGAUGCUCUGAGCGUCUUCAUGACAAGAUGGUCGUUGCCACUUUACAAGCUCCUGUUUUAUUCUUUGAUUCAAAUUCCGUGGGAAGAAUCCUUAAUCGAUUUUCCAAAGAUAUCGGCUGGUUGGACGAGCAGUUACCAAGGACAUUUCAACUAGCGAUCGACUCAACCUUAAAUGUGCUUGCAUCACUAAUUGUCCCGACUGUUACGAAUCCUUGGCUUAUUUUCAUACUUAUGCCAUUGAUUGUGGUUGCUAUACACCUGUCCACGUAUUAUUUGAAGACAUCCCGGGAAAUUAAGAGGUUAGCGUCUAUAAGUCGUAGUCCAGUGUUCUCUCACAUUUCGGAGACCCUUGAUGGACUGGAGACGAUUCGAACCAGAGGGCGACAAAGUGAUUUUGUGGAUCAGUUUUACAGACAUCAUGAUGUUCUGAAUCAAGCAAACAUCUUGGUAAUGGCCGGUGGGAAAUGGAUCAGUGUGCGAUUUGAAAUUCUUGCAUCACUAUUUGUUAGUGCAGUGGCUUUUUCAGCUGUUAUUAUGUCUCAAGAAGCCGCUUUUGCUGGACUUGCCUUGGCUUACGUUGUCAAAAGACUUGGGCGGUGUCAUCACGCCAUCCGAACAACCUCAGAGGUUGAGAAUCUAAUGACGUCAGUUGAACGAGUUUUUGCUUAUACCAAGCUUGAGUGUGAGCCUGGAUAUAUGAUAGAACGACGACCCCCGGAAAACUGGCCAAAUAAAGGAAAUAUCACAUUCAAAGAAGUAUCGCUGAGAUACUAUCCGGGAGGACCGCAAGUGUUAAAGAAUAUCAAACUCAAUAUCAAAGGAGGAGCAAAGAUCGGUGUUGCUGGCCGGACGGGUGCUGGAAAGUCAUCUUUUGUGGCAGCUCUAAUGCGCAUGCCUGAGUCGUGUGGUGAAGUAAUCAUUGAUGGUAUUCCAAUAAAGGCAAUCAACCUCCAGGAAACUCGACGAUGUGUAUUUGUUCUUGGCCAAAGUCCAGUACUGUUCAGUGGAUCACUGAGGAAAAAUCUCGAUCUUACUGAGCAGUUUACCGAUGCAGAUUUAUGGCAAGUUCUACAAGAUGUGCAACUUAAAGAAUCAGUGAAAAGUCUUCACGGGCAACUUGAUCAUGAACUGUUGGAAAAUGGUGCAAAUAUCAGUGUUGGAGAACGACAGCUGAUCUGUUUGGCUCGUGUGCUGUUGCAGCGAAACAAGAUCAUCUUCUUGGAUGAGCCCACUGCAAACGUAGAUCCAGAAACAGAGAAAACAAUCUUGGGCGUAGUGCGUGAAAAACUGAGAGACUCUACGGUCAUCACUAUAGCUCAUCGAUUGAACACCAUCAAAGACUGUGAUAAAAUUUUACUUUUGAAACAUGGAACGGUAGCAGAGUUCGACAAAUUUGACACUAUGGUGAACACAGAGGAAUAUGAGUUGGAUGAAAUGGCGCGAAUUGCAGGUUCCAAAACAACGUAA